GAGGGAGCGCCGAGCCUCCCGGCCCCGAGACGCGAGACCAGAGGAGCGGAAGGUCAUCCCAUGGUCUUCCGCUCCCCACUAGAGUUGUAUCCCACCCACUUCUUCUUGCCAAACUUCGCCGACGCUCAUCACCGCUCUCUACUUCUGGCCAGUGGCGGCGGCGGCGGCGGCGGCGGCGGCGGCGGCGGCUGCGGGAGCGGGAGCGGCUCGGGAGGAGGAGGAGGAGGAGGAAGAGGAGGAGGAGAAGGAGGCGGCGGUGCUGGCGGAGUCGGCGGCGGCGGAGGAGGAGGAGGCGGCGGUGGCCCCCGGCCCCCGCGGGAAGACUCGCCCAUGUUCCAGCUCCCGACGCUCAAUUUCUCUCCGGAGCAGGUGGCCAGCGUGUGCGAAACGCUGGAAGAGACGGGGGACAUCGAACGCCUGGGCCGCUUUCUGUGGUCCCUGCCCGUGGCCCCGGGGGCCUGCGAGGCCAUCAACAAGCACGAGUCCAUCCUGCGGGCCCGGGCCGUGGUCGCCUUCCACACGGGCAACUUCCGAGACCUCUACCACAUCCUGGAGAACCACAAGUUCACCAAGGAGUCGCACGGCAAGCUGCAGGCCAUGUGGCUGGAGGCGCACUACCAGGAGGCCGAGAAGCUGCGGGGCCGCCCCCUGGGCCCUGUCGACAAGUAUCGCGUGCGGAAGAAGUUCCCGCUGCCCCGCACCAUCUGGGACGGCGAGCAGAAGACGCACUGCUUCAAGGAGCGCACGCGCAGCUUGCUGCGGGAGUGGUACCUCCAGGACCCCUACCCCAAUCCCAGCAAGAAGAGGGAGCUGGCUCAGGCCACGGGGCUGACCCCCACGCAAGUGGGCAACUGGUUCAAGAACCGACGACAGCGGGACCGGGCAGCGGCGGCCAAGAACAGGUUGCAGCACCAGGCCAUUGGACAGAGCGGCAUGCGCUCGCUGGCGGAGCCGGGCUGCCCCUCACACAGCUCGGCGGAGUCGCCGUCCACCGCGGCCAGCCCCACUACCAGCGUGUCCAGCCUGGCGGAGCGAGCCGACACCGGCACCUCCAUCCUCUCUGUAACCUCCAGCGACUCGGAAUGUGAUGUAUGAUAUAACGGUCAGCCAGUCCUCCUCUCGUCCUUCUCCUCCC